AUGACACAUUCACAAAACAGCUGUUUUCUUUGAAACUGUCAACAUAUCUCUGCUCGUCGCGUAACUCUAAAUAUUUUGUAAUAAAUAGUCCAUAGGGGUGUAGACAGAAUGCUUCGAAUCAUUGGGACUGUUGUGCGGAGUGCUGCUUCAAGCACCCGUUCGAUCGUAACCCCAUUUUCCAGCACCACGCUUGUUCAACGAAAUAUAUCCGCACCAGUUCAGAGUGAUGAGCCUAUUGAUAUUCCAAAUCCUUAUGAGAAAGAACGCCGGGAGUGUAUUCUGUGCAAACACAAUAUAGUACCAAACUAUAAAAAUAUAAAACUUUUGUCACAGUUUCAAUCGCCUUAUACAGGCCGCAUUUAUGGCCGACAUAUCACCGGUUUAUGUAAACAAAAACAAGAGCAGGUUGAAAAGGCGAUCAUUCGAGCACAAAACUGCGCGCUAAUGCCCACAUAUCAUAAGGAUAUGGACUUCUUUCAAGAUCCCCGCUUAUUUGACCCAGAAAAACCCGUACGCCCACAUAAAUACUAAAGGCUUCAGCAAUAUUUUUAGUGUGAGUUACUACUCUUUACCGUGCUUAAUAUGAAAUAAACUGGACAACAAUGGGAA